CAGUGUGGAGUUGGAGAAAGCCUUGGAGAAAGGUUACGUAAUUCUGAAACUCCACGAAGUAUGGCAUUUCCCACAACAAUCUGAUGAACUGUUUAAAGAUUAUAUCAAUACGUUUCUGAAAAUCAAACAAGAAGCGAGUGGUUACCCAAAGAAUUGCACUACAGAGGAACAGAGACGCCUUUAUGUUGAGGAGUACUACGAGCAAGAAGGAAUCCGUUUGGAUCCGUGCAAAAUCGAGCAUAAUCCAGGGCUGCGUGCAUUGUCAAAAUUGAUGUUGAAUUCAUUUUGGGGCAAAUUUGCACAACGUCCCAACAUGUCAAAGGUAGAAUUAAUCGCAGACCCCCAAGUUUACUUUGACUACCUAACCUCGGAUGAAAUCAAUGUUCUUGACGCAAAUUUUGUCAAUGAUGAAGUGAUUGAAAUCCACUAUGAAAACAACGAAAAUUUCAUCGCGCCAAAUUCAAAAACGAAUGUUGUCAUCGCUGCUUUCACCACUGCCUACGCUCGCCUCAAACUCUACGAUGUUCUGGAUCAACUUCAGGAAAGAGCGUUGUAUUACGAUACUGAUUCGGUGAUCUUUGUCAGUAAACCCGGUGAUCCAGAGCCUCCUACGGGUCCGUACCUCGGCGAACUUACAGAUGAAUUAAAAGGAGACUACAUCACCACGUUCAUUUCCGGUGGCCCUAAAAAUUACUGUUACCGCACAAAUUCGAACAAGGUUGAAACAAAGAUACGCGGUAUCACAUUAAAUUGCACCGCUAGGCAAAACGUUAACUUUGAGGUGAUUCGUGCUUUGGUAUACCUUCAUGCAAAAUGUAAUGUCGCAGGGCAAGUAUCCGUAGAUAUCCCAUUCAAGAUUACUCGCAACACCAAAACAAAAGAAAUAGAAACCAAACGCAUGAAAAAGGACUACCGUAUUGUUUAUGACAAACGUGUUAUUAUUGAUGAGUACAAAACACUUCCAUACGGAUUCUAA